UGCAAAUGGCGGCGGGGCUACGCCAUGUUGCGAUGGCUUGUGGCAGUCCUCAGUCACUCCUGUUUUGUCUCCAAGAGUGAUAGUAUGUUCUAUGCGGUGCACAAGGGUCGGCGGACGGGAGUUUAUCGCACUUGGGCAGAGUGUCAGGAGCAGGUGAACAAGUUCCCCUCCGCCAGCUUCAAGAAGUUCGCCACCGAAAAGGAUGCCUGGGCCUUUGUGCGGGGUGGUGUCCUGGGGCAGGAGCAGCAGCCCGAGCCCGCAGGUGCAUCUGGUCCUCGAGCUGUAACACAGGAGAAUGGUAACAAGAGAGAAGAGCCAGAAGGAAGCAUUUUGUGUUGUAGUACAUGCAAAAGGCCAUAUGAGCAGUCUGCAAACGAAGAACACACUGCAAAGCGUGUAAAACAUGAUGAAGUAGCCUCAGCACCCACAGUCAGUGAAGAUAAAUUUUCAUAUAUGGGUGACUUUGCAGUUGUUUAUACAGAUGGUUGUUGCUCAGGUAAUGGACGUAAUAGGGCACGUGCUGGAAUAGGUGUCUACUGGGGACCAGGCCACCCUUUAAAUAUCAGUGAAAGGCUUCCUGGACGGCAGACCAAUCAAAGAGCAGAAAUACACGCGGCCUGCAAAGCUAUAGAGCAAGCAAAGAGUCAAAACAUCAAGAAACUAAUUAUCUACACUGAUAGCAAGUUCACUAUUAAUGGUAUUACAAGUUGGGUUGACAACUGGAAAACAAAUGGCUGGAGAACAAGUUCAGGAGGAAGUGUAAUAAAUAAAGAAGAUUUUGAAAGACUUGAUAAUCUAUCAAAAGACAUAGAAAUCCAGUGGAUGCACAUUCCUGGUCAUGCUGGCUUCCAAGGAAAUGAAGAAGCUGAUAGACUAGCAAGAGAAGGAGCUAGGAAACAAACACCCUGACACACUGGGACUGCAGACUGUUGUAGUGAGAGGAAAAGGACUAACAUCUCCCUGACAACUUGGACUGCUGUAAAUGUUUCAGAGUUGAACACUGAACUGUGCAUCUUUCUGGGCUGAAGCAUUACAUAUUUAUCAGCUUCUGGGGUGGAAGAAUCCGCAUUUGCUUCUAUAGCAUUUGUUUUACAAUCAAGUUCAUAUUUAGUUGAUGAUACAGAGUGCUUGCUUUUUAGCCAUCUUACUGAAGGGCUGCAGUCGGUGUUUUUAGCUGUUUUGAAGACUUCUGAAUUCACUGGUAAAGACAGGCUUCUGAAGAAGUAAUGUUAAGCCUCAAGAAGUAAUAUUCAGUCUUUAUCCUAAAUGUUGUGUAUUUUCUUCUUAAUGAAAUAAAUGAGUUUGGGUUUUUUUAUACAGUGAUAUAUAUUAACAGCCCAAAAUAGAUGGGAGUGGGGUGACUUUGGUGUGCGUUGGUUUGGUAAGAGGGCAGGUCUAACACAGAUGUCCAUGAAUAUGCUUUGGCAUGCUGAUGCUAGCAGCAACUGCUCUACAGAUGGGCUUGUUACACUUGCCUGUGCUUCACAGCAUCAUCACUUAUACAGAAAUCUGCAGAUUUAUGUAUGUUUGCAAGGUAGCAGGAACAAGCUAAAAAGCCAGGUCACAGGUAAACUUGAGCAAUGCAUUUUUGCUGUUCUCCUCUCCCAAGCUGCAUAAUGUCCAAGCUCUUUGUUUCUGGCUUCCUGUUCCCAUUAAGUAAUUUUUUUUAAUGCAUAGUGGGUCUCAUUAGCAUUCUUAGUUCCUCUUCAGUGUUGUCCCAAAGGUAGUAAUUGGUCAUUUUAUCUGAAAUGGAACUAAAUAUGAUCAGAUCUUCCGGUUGUCGAGUGUUUGAAUUAAUUUUUUUUUCUAGUCAAUGAUGAGAUUAAUGGAAUGGCUAAUGUGCACUUGAAUUAGAGAGUAAUUACCAGUAAUCAACAUAGUUUUACUUUCUAUGCAUGUAUAUGGGAAAAGCA